CGAGCGUUUCAUCCCUGAAGCUCGCCUUUCAUGUCACAGUGGCGCUGCUUGUAUGUGCGGGGACGCAGCCAAUCUCUUCCUCAUGACGCCACCGAGGCUGGGCUCAGAUGUCUAAGAUUUAACAGACCCACCCUGGACGAACACUUGGAGGGGAGAGACAAGGUGGUGCUGAGAGGACAAAAUCACGACCUGGAUCGCAACACCUGCCAGGCAGCAUCUGAUUUCACUUCAGCGACGCUCGCAGUAGGAAAAAAAAAAAGAGAGAAGAAGUGGGGCAGCAUCCGAGCAUCCAGGCACCGAUAACAUCCUCUUUUUACGGAAUGUUUUUCUUCUACUUCUUCUUUUUCUUCAAUUUCUGGUCUUAGAGAUUAAUUGCAGAUAUCGCUGGAAAGCGGAUUAAGUGAAAUCUACCUCUGUUGUGACUUUACAUUUGAACAGAAAGCAGUUAUGGCUCGUUUGAUGUCUCACUCCGCGCCGGGAAGCAGGUUAAAGGAAGAGCAUCGAUGCGUUUAACGGGACCCUGCUCCCCUUUGUUACAUCCUCUGAAACAUUUAUUCCCACCGCCGUCCUCCUGACACCAACAUCCAGCUCAAGAAGGCAACACAGGAAGAGCGCUUUACAUGCAAGUCCACCUGUCAGGGCAUGAAGAUUUUGGACUACUACAAAUUAAACAUGACUCUUAAAUACGAUGGGAUUCCUAGCGCUUAUUGUGAGUAAAAUGGUAAUAGAAGAUAGUUAUAUUGCUGCCUUCUCAUCGGACCAUAAAAGCCUGCUCUGUUUGUAGGGAGACAAAAAAAUAAAAAAAAAAAUAAAAAAAAAUAGCCCAUAAAUAACCAUGAUAUUGUUUCGUAAAUUCAGAGUGUUGAUCCUCAUGGUGUUUUUAGUUGCGUGCACUCUGCACAUCAUGAUAGACUUGCUGCCAAAGCUGGAGAAAAGAGCUGCCGGAGCGGACGGCGAGGAGGGCGGCUGCCAGUGCGCGCAGCACCCGGCCAGGGACUCUCAAGGCUGGGGGAAGCAGCGCGCCAGGUCGGCCGCCGAGGCGGGCUGGCCUAACAAGCACACGCUGAGGAUCUUGCAGGAUUUCAGCAACGAGCCCAGCUCAAACCUCACGUCCCACUCGCUGGAAAAGAGCGCGGCGGGCGUGGACAGAGCCGGGGACUCCCGCGGGCGGACGGGACCGUCGGCGAAGGAGCACAAGCCGCUGAUCGGUGACGCGAGCGUGGGUCGCACCGCCUCUGCCCAGGCUCUCUCUCGGUUGUCGGCUUUGUUUGAGCAUCCCUUAUACAAGGUUGACCUUCCUCCACUCACGGAUGAUGAUACUUUGUUUAACGUCAACAAUGACAUCAGGUUUUAUCCGAGAGCCACAGGAAACCAGGGAUGGCAUAACGAGGAGGGGAACGAGGACGAAGACGAGUUUUCUCCAACUGCUGAGGCGACAGCAGAGUCCUACCCCAACUGGCUGCGUUUCCACAUCGGGAUCAACCGAUAUGAGCUGUACCCCAGGCACAGCCCCGUGCUGGACGCCCUGCUGAAGGACCUGGUCACUCAGCAGAUCAACAGCGUUGCCAUGAAAUCCGGAGGCACCCAGCUGAAGUUGAUCAUGACUUUCCAGAACUAUGGACAAGCGCUGUUCAAGCCCAUGAAGCAGACCAGAGAGCAGGAAACGCCUCCGGAUUUCUUCUACUUCUCCGACUUUGAGAGGCACAACGCUGAGAUUGCCGCUUUCCACCUGGACAGGGUCCUUGACUUUCGCAGAGUGCCCCCUGUGGCGGGGCGACUGGUCAACAUGACGAGUGAGAUCAGAGACGUGACGCGCGACAAGAAGCUGUGGAGGACCUUCUUCAUUUCACCAGCCAACAAUGUCUGCUUCUACGGCGAAUGCUCCUACUACUGCUCCACGGAGCACGCUCUGUGCGGUAAACCAGACCAGAUCGAAGGCUCGUUAGCAGCUUUCCUACCUGAUCUGAGUCUGGCCAAACGCAAGACGUGGAGGAACCCCUGGAGACGCUCCUAUCACAAGCGCAAGAAAGCAGAAUGGGAAGUGGAUCCAGAUUAUUGUGACGAAGUGAAGCAGACACCUCCAUAUGAUCGUGGCACCAGACUGCUGGACAUCAUGGACAUGACCAUCUUUGAUUUCUUAAUGGGCAACAUGGAUCGUCAUCAUUACGAAACUUUUGAGAAGUUUGGAAAUGAAACUUUCAUCAUUCACCUCGAUAAUGGAAGGGGAUUUGGAAAACACUCGCAUGAUGAGCUGUCCAUCCUCGUGCCGCUCAGCCAGUGCUGCAGGGUCAGAAAGUCCACUUACCUGCGUCUGCAGCUGCUGGCCAAAGAGGAGUACCAGCUGAGCUCCCUGAUGGAGGAGUCUCUGCUGCGAGACCGCCUGACCCCCGUUCUGAUCCGGCCUCACCUGCUCGCCAUGGAUCGGAGGCUCCGGCUGGUUCUGCAGGUUCUGGCGGGCUGUAUAGAUAAAGAAGGCUCUGUUAACGUUGUGGAGGAGGACCUUUCUGGGGACACAGUCACUCACAGGGGCCCAGCCCACAGGUAGUGGGGGAGAGAAACCACCAGGGUGGCAACAUGGACCCCCAUGCAGCGUUUGGCUGUUUACCUGUUGGGAUUGGACCAAAAAUCCCACCUCCGAAAUCAAAGCUGAAUUCAGUGAAUUCCAAGACUGCCGUCAUUGCCUCUAUAGAAAGUGCUUUUAGGUGUGUUUAUAUAGAUAAUAAUAAUAAUUAAAAAAAAACAUGCUCAUGUGGAGGCUUUAUAUUUGUCAUAUACAGGAAUAUUUUCUUUUUUUUCUGUUUGAGACAUAGAGGAUCUCCUGCUGUGUUUUGAUUUUUUUUUUAUCCUGGUAUGUUUUAUGUGUUUUUAUAAAUACAUAACCAAAUGCAACACACUGACUGACUGAAGGGCAUAAAGUCAGACAAUAUAAGCUUUAUCAUUUAUCACGACAUAGCAGAAGACUUUGUUAGAAGCUAAGCAAGACUUAUUGUUUUUAGUGAAUGUUCCAAAAACUAUGACAUGCCUGGAAACUAACAUCUUGUAGCCAGGAGAACAUGGGUGUGUAAAAACAUGCGUUUGUAAGCUUUACUUCCCUCGGCACAGACUUACAGAAGAACAAGCUGGAUGUUACUACCUACUUCUGAAAAGUAUAAAUCACAGAUUACGUUUGUAUUUUACACUGUAGUACAGUAGGGAUUUUGACUUUGUUUUUCUUGUUAUUUUGUUGUUCAGAUUUUUCAUUAUUUUAUCUUGCACUACAUGCAGGAAGCAAACGACAUAAACAUGAAAAAAUGAAUUCAGCAAAACAAACAAGUGAAAAGACAUUUCUGGAAUACAACCUUUCAUUCAUAAAAACAGACCCAACGUUUGUGUAAUCAGCUUAGAUAUAAUCUCAACCUCACUGUCAUUUUUCCUCUGUAUUUUUUGGCUUAGUAAGCUUUGGUGAUUUUUUUUUUAUUACUAUUAUUUAUUUGGUGCACCAAAAAGGGAAUACUUUGCUGUCAUUACUUUUACAUUGUUCUUUUGCUUCAGAUACUGGAAAAUAAAGAUGUCAUCAUAAAUACUUUAGCUAAAACAACAUAACAGAACUUAAAAGUUACUUUUCAGAACUUACCUGGAACAUUCUGAAUCUUUCAGGGAACCUUCCCAUUAUGUAUCAGGUACUCUCAUUGAUCUUCCAUUGAUAAUUUCUAGAUACUUGAAGGAACUCUCAUGAUUUUUUUUUUUUUUUUUUGACCUUGUACUUUCAGGAACAUGCAAGGUACUUUCUGGAGCUUUCAUGAGACUUACUGGUUUCUUUUGUGCAUUUUACUGCAGACUUGUAGGGACUAUUGUGGUUUUAUUGUGGGGUGACUUCUAAUAAAACCAUGACUGGGUAUUCCUUUGACUGUCCCAGGACUUUCAUCAAAACUUUCAAAUACAAUUACCAAGUUUCAUGAAAGUUUUGGAACCUGGAAAGUGCCAAAUUACUAGUCAGCUUCUAAUACAGCACGUUUCCUGAAAGAACCAAGUAAUUUCUAAUAAAGCAAAUAGUAUCUAUUAGGACAGAGUUUGGCAAGUUCGGAGAGGUUCCUGAAUGUACUCUCUAAGAUUAGGAAAGUAUGAGCAGCAUCCUGCAUUCCCACCAUCCUUUGUAAUUGUUUAGCUUUGAGACUGACAUUAUAUUUGAUCACACAUUUCUGUUCAGAUUAUACAAAACUACAAAGAUGUUUAAUUUUAGAGAUUAAGUUGUGCAAGUGUUGCCGGUGCAAUUGUAUUUUUUUUUCUUCUUCUUCUUCUAAGAGUCCUGUGUAUUGGCUAACCCAGUACUUGUGCAAUGCCAGAACUACAGUACUUGAAUGUGUUUGGGUUGGCAGUAUUAACGGGAUUCCCAGAGCUACAAACGGUGUGAAGUCGACUUAAAAGAAGUGCUUCUGGGCGAAAACAAGAAACUAAACGCCUCAUCCAGACACGGGCAUAACCAUGGGGCACUGUUUCAUGUUUUUUUUUAUAUUUUCUGUGUAAAUACCUAUAAAUAUUUUGAAGAGCUAUUGAGCUGCACUGCACAGUGGUUUGCUUCUGUUUCCUGCUCUUGCAUUGUUACUGUGAAGUUUACGACAUGAUUAAAGUGUGCAAUAAAACUAAAAGGGACCACCGUU